GCUUCCCCUCUAACAGACACACCGCGACUGUCGGUGUCAUUUGGGGCGAGUGUACACCACGACCAGGUGCGGGAGGGCACGAACGUGUCGUUUGAGUGUCACGUGACGGCCAACCCUCCCGUGUCGGAAGUGGGCUGGAAGUACGAGCAGAAGGCCCUCACAAACAAUGUCAACAACGUGUUCAUCAGUGAUAAUACCCUAGUGUUGAGUCGUGUGGUGCGUCAGGACGCCGGCAAAUACCGGUGCGUCGCGGCCAACGCCGAGGGCGAGGGCGAGAGCGCCGACAUUCAACUCAAAGUGCUGUACGCGCCGGUAUGUCGCGCGGACCAGCGGACAAUCUACGGUGUGGCCAAACGUGAGCCAAUCCAAGUGCCUUGCGAUGUGGAGGCCGACCCGCCACAAGUGACCUUCCGGUGGAGUUUCAACAACAGCUUCGAAGUGAUUGCUGUGAAGAACUUCAUUCAGACGAAGACCCGGUCCGUCGCGACGUACGCCCCGCGGACUAAGUAUGGCUACGGAGAGCUGUACUGCUGGGCCAAGAACAAGGUGGGCGAGCAGUCGGAGCCCUGUGUGUUUCAGGUGAUCCCCGCCGGACCCCCGCAGCCCGUCCGCAACUGUCUCGUCGGCAAUCAAAGUACGGACGGACUUAUCGUGAAGUGCGACGCCGGCGAGGACGGGGGUCUCGAACAGAGUUUCUAUCUGGAGAUCUACCAGUCCGACGACGGACAGCUCCAGUCCAACUGGACGUCCACCAAAGCGCCGGUGUUUGAAGUGACCGGACUGCCCAUUGCCACCAGUUUUGUGUUAGUGCUGUACGCGGCCAACCCCAAGGGUCGGUCCAAUUAUGUCACGCUUACCGGUGCCUCAGCCAAGAGUCCCUUCAAGGAUGAGUUCACGUUAGGCGCGCUCCGUUGUCGACACAACUCGUUGUCAUCACAAGGAGGUCCGCACUCGAAGACCGGCAGCAGUACUGAUGUGGCAAACGCCGAGAACGCCAGACGUUGCGUCCAAAAUGGCAAUAUCAGCGGCGCUCAGAGUAGGCCUUCCCUUACUAAUCCAUUCAUUUGA